GAGUCGGUCAUCAAGCGAGUCCGACGUCGUAUCCGCGGGUUCGGCGACCGGCCGAAGGACAUGGACUGUGCUGGAGCCCUUCAGGAGCUCCUCAAGUGCAAGGAUCUCUACUCGAACAUGGGCGAGGCUUCUACUCGCCGCGACUAUGAUGCUGACAAGCUCAACGUGUUACGACGUGCGCCACAGGACCGGCCUCGUCAGCUUCGAGACGUUGCCCCUCGGCACGUCACCGAGGCGCUGGACCAUUUCGACUCGGACGUCGUUCGCCCCGCGCCGAACAUCCCCGAGGACGAGGUCAUUGUCGAGCCGUACUGGGACCCUCUCCUCAACCCGCGGGACCCCCAGAACCGGCCACGUCUGGUCGACUUCCUUCGACGACUCGCUGCACGGGGCCUGGUGGAUGGCCGGGCGCGUCGGAAGGCGUGCGUCAGUACCUUCUUCGUCGCCAAGAAGAACGGCGACAUCCGCGUGGUCGUGGACGCUCGCCAGCCCAACCAGCUGCACAAGCUUCCCCCUCGGACUGUGCUCGCAUCGGGCGAGGCGCUGGGCUCGAUCAACUUGCUCGACGCCGUCGGCGCGAGCCCUGAGGACUUGGCGGAUUUCGACGGCUGCUAUGAGUCGCUCUGCGCAGGCUCCGUGGACCUCAUGGACGGGUUCUACCAGUUCGCCGACCCUUCGUGGGGCAGCUGGAUGUGCUUCGACGUGGAGGUCACCGCUGACGAGCUCGGGAUCGACUCGAUCUACGACGAGAAGCUCGGGCGCCGCGUGGCCGUAUCAGGCGACGACGUCAUCUGGCCCUGCUUCGCGGCGCUGCCCAUGGGCUGGAGCUGGGCGCUCUGGACCUGCCACGAGGUUCUCGUCGAUGCGAUGGUCGAGGCGGGCCUCCCGAGCGACGGCUGGUGCCUUGACAAAGCCCGGGCGCCGACUCUCGUCGGACAGGCUGUCGUCAGGGCGCCGUACGUCGACAAUGGGAAUCUUGUGUCGCUCAGCGCGCCGGCGCUCAACGACCGGCUGGACAAGCUCACCGCUGAACUGGACCGUCGUGGGCUUCGCUGGCACGAGCUCGAGCGCGCGCAGCCCGGCCUUGUCAUCUUGGGGCUGGUGCUCGACGGGCGCGAGGGCCGACUUCGGCACGCCGCCAAGCGCGCCUGGAGGCUCUACCUGGCUCUGCACCACGUGCUUCGGAUACCAUGGCUCGCCCGCUGGCAGCUGCGACGGAUCGUCGGCCAUCUGGUGCACUACUUCUCCGUCGUGCGCCCCGGGCUCAGCGUGCUGGGGGCCUGCUACACGUUCAUCGGAGACGGCGACCUGUCCACUGUCGUGCGCUUGCCUGGAGAUGUUCUCGGUGAGCUCGCAGUCGCUGCGGGGCUCGUCUUCCUCGGCGAAGUGGACUUGUGCCGCGUGCCGUCCGACAUUGCCUUCGCGACCGACAGCUCGCUGCGAGGCUACGCCGUCUGCGAAGCCCGGCUGGGGCCCUGGGAGGUGCUGGCGGCCGCCAGAUGGCGGGAGCGCCAGCGGUUCGUUGCCACCGAGCCCGAGGUUGCGCCUGACGACGAGCAGUACGAAGGACGGGCUGCCGGCUUCUGUGACAUCUCCGAGCCACUGCCCGUCGAGCUGCCGCCCCGGCUGCGGCACGCCGUGGCCAAGAGGCGCCGGGUCGAGUUGGAGAUCGGCGUCCCGCCCGAGCCGUUGGCGGACGCUCUGCUGGAUGCUGGCCGCUGGGUGGAGCGCCGCCGUGGCGCGUGGCGCCGGCCAGGGCGUAUCCACGCCCUCGAGGCGCGCGCCGCCGUCGCACCGCUAUGGAGAGCGGCAGCCGAUGUCAACUUCCACGGGAAGGAGAUCCUCAGCCUGUGCGACAACAUGUCGUCGGUCCUCGCCUUCGAGAAGGGCAGGGCCACCAAUUUUGAGCUCCUGGCACAGUGUCGCCGGGCUGCGGCCGUCUGCUUCGGGUGCGAGAUCCGCUGGCGCCCGAGGCACGUGCCUGGCAUCUACAACGUCGCGGACCACGGGAGCCGGGCGGCUGACCGGGGUGAGCUCCUCCCCGGACGCUACCGCGGGCGUGGCGCCCUGUCGGCGCCCACCAGCGGCAGCCGCCGAAUGCCCGUGGUCCCGCCGGCCGCGGGCAAGGCCGAGGCCUCGCCGACCGCGGCUGUCGAGUUUGAGAUCGUAGAUGGCAUCAAGAUGAAGUCUCGAAAGUAUUCCCAAACGAGCGACCCCGACAAGAUCGACACGACCAUGCUCGAAACCCACCUGUUGCACUCGAGCCUCCUGGAGUUCUUCUACGGGGCCCACAUGUGCACCUUGGGGCACGCGAAGAUCCUCAACAGGACCCUCCUGAGCGCCCUCGGCCUCUUGCGGUUCUACAACGGGGCCCACCUGUACGUCUUGGGCCACACGAAGAGCCUCAACGGGCACUGGUGGGUGCCGGUCGGGGGCGCGCGCGAUCCAGCGCCGGCGGACCGCACGCUUGUGGCGUUCACAGUCCGUGUCGUGCGACUCUGCCGGUCCCUGGGGAUCUUCGUCACUUUCGAGAACCCGCCUGCGAGCCGUGUCUGGAAGUGGCCCGCGUUGGAGCGAGAGCUGCAGCGCCUUGCCUGGCCGAAGGUGCUGUUCGACUCGUGCAGGUUCGGCGCGCCCUUCAAGAAGCCAGGUGCGAUCGCCGGGAGCCUUCCCGGGCUGGGCCAUCUUGCACUGCGCUGCUGUUGCGCUUGCCGCCAUAGGGUUGAGCUGCAAGGCAAGGUCCGGCAUCCGACGCGGGGCUGGACGUGGCGGACGACUCUGGCCGGGGCUUACCUACCCAGCUGGCGCCGCCUGCUGGUCUCGUUGGCCGGCCCAGACGCCCCUCAGAGUGCUUUCGGGCGCUCGACCCAGGAUGACCUCCAGGCUCGGGCUCACGCGCUGGCAAGCGCGGCCGGGGUCGCCGAGCUCCGUGGAGUCACGGCAGACGUCGAUGCAGGCGCCGACUCAGCCGUGCUGACGCCCAGGCGGGCAGGCCGGAGCCAACGUGACCCUGUCCCUCGUCCAGUGGCCGUGGCCGCCCGGCGCCGCCGGGCGCAGGCUGCCGCGCGUGGAGACGUCGCUGCUGGUCAGCGGCAGGCCGCCCCCGGAGAGUACCUCCGCCUGGCCUCGCUGCGGCCAGCCACGGUCGACAGCUACACGUCCGCCGUGAUCGAGCUGACCGACUACGCCAACCGCCGGGGCCUGCUGCUGACCACGCCGGAGCUGGCCGACGAGACGCUCAACUUGUAUUUCGAAGACUUGUUCUUUGCAGGUGAGCCCCAGUACCUGGCUCGUAACGCGUUGUACGGGCUCUGCAAAGUUCGAGGAUGGUCUGCUAGCCGACCUCGCUUCCAUAAGGCCAAAGAUGCUCUAACUGGUUGGUCGGCAAAACUGCCGACUACGCCGCGAGAGCCGCCGCCGUUCGAAGCCGUCCAGCUGACCUGUGCCGUGCUCGACAACGGGGCCACGUCCGACCUACUGGCGUGCCUGGCCUCCGUGACUGGGUUUGACAUGUACUUCCGGCCAGGCGAGUUGCUCGCCAUCAAACCAGAGCACGUCUUCGGCUCUCGUGCGUCGGGCAGGGCUUCUGACAUCACCGUCGUCGUGGCACCGCUAGGCGACGACAAGCCAGCCAAGAACAAAGAUUUUGACUGUACGGUGAAAGCCGGCACUGACUUGCCAGUUCGCCGAGUCGUUCCCGAGAUUCUCUCUAG